CUGAAAAAAGUGUUAAAAUAUUUUUAAAAAUAAUUACAUUACAACACAAUUAAAAGUGAAUACCGCAAGGAGCAAUUUUGACACCGCUGAUGUUCUUAAUGUAUAUCGUUGAGAAAACUCAAAGUUUCGAGCAUAUUAAUUUUAAUUGGCACUAUAACUAUGUACGUUAAAUUGCUUUUAUCAUUAAUGUUAUUAGUUUUAACCGUCUGUAAGGACGUUAGUGAAGAUGAAAGAGCUACGAGAGCAGCCUUUAUUCAGAGGUUGUUGAACAAACAAAAGCAUUUGGAGGGAAGGCUGAAACUUGUCGGUGGUUUAAAUAAAUUUGAAGGUAACGUGUACAUCUACCACGCGGGUCGUUGGGGUGCGGUGUGCGACGACUCCUGGGACGAUGCCGCUGCUGCGGUAGUGUGUCGGCAAUACAACAGAACUGGUGUGGCUACGUAUGCUGGACAGUAUGGGGAGGCUACUGAGAAGUACUGGAUGGAUGACAUAGUAUGUGAAGGAGACGAGCCAUCCUUGGACCACUGUGUUUUCUCCGGCUGGGGAUCCUCUGACUGCGGGGCUGAUGAAGCGGCCGGAGUCAUCUGUUCUGGACCAGAGCAGAGAGCUGCGAGCUGCAGAGACUGCCCGCAGGAGUUGAGACACUGUCAGGGCGAUGGAUGUAAAGAAAGGCUACUGAGUGAUAUCCUGGAUGUGGGCACCAGUAUACGCUUGGUUGGCGGCAGGAACAGUGGGGAAGGGAGGGUUGAGGUCUAUCACAACGACAUCUGGGGCAGCAUCUGCCCUGACGGAUGGACGGCAUACGAGGCCUCCGUCGUCUGCCGGCACCUAGCCCUGGGAUACUCCGCCCAGGCCCUCCAGACGGAUCAGUUCGGCAGCAGCAGGAUCAUACUCCAGGGUUUGAAGUGCGAAGGGAAUGAGAGUAACCUGUUCAUGUGUAGACAGAGGCAAGUGGAGGGAUGUCCAGGGGAAGCUGGUCACGUAGCGGCAGUCGCCUGCACUCAGCAUCUAGCAGAUCUACUGCUGGACGUGUCAGCUAUAGAGCGGACAGCACACCUGCAAGACGCACCUAUGUUCACACUACAGUGCGCCAUGGAGGAGAACUGUCUCAGCAGGUCGGCUUAUGAGAUCCGUCGCACCAACGAGAACUGGCAGUUGGAGACGCGACGGCUGCUGCGGUUCACGGCCGCCUCCCUCAACGUCGGCAACGCGGAGUUCCGCCCGUACCUGCCCAAACACCUGUGGCAGUGGCAUCUGUGCCAUAUGCACUACCACAGCAUGGAGGUGUUCGCGACGUUCGACGUGCUGGACUCUACUGGCAGGAGGGUGGCGGAGGGGCAUAAGGCCUCCUUCUGUUUGGAGGACAACACCUGCUUGAGUGGCGUCGAGAGGAAGUACUCUUGCAAGAACUAUGGAGACCAGGGUGUGUCGGUGAACUGCUCUGACGUGUACCAGUACAACAUAGAUUGCCAGUGGGUCGAUGUGACAGAUGUGGAACCCGGGGACUACACUUUCAAGGUAUCAAUCAACCCUCACGCACGCGUCGCAGAACAAUCCUACCACAACAACGCGGCCACGUGCGCGCUGCGGCUUACGGAGACCUAUGCCGUGGUGUAUGGCUGUACGCUGGGGAGACCUUGAUAUACUAGUCAAUAAAGUGUUCUUUUCUGGCGGGAU